GUUUAUUGGAGGUUAUUUAGCGAUAUUUAUUUUUGUCAUUUUGUACACAUGUCACUAUCCUUGAGUUUUUUGCUUGGUAAGAACUAGAUAUCGUAUUUUAAAAUAAAAUGCCUAAAGUAAAAACGGAAAAGAAAUCAAGGAUUCACAAUGAAGUUGCUAAACAGGGGAUCCAGUUUAAUAAGGAUUUCGGCCAACAUAUUUUGAAAAACCCUCUUAUAAUAACAUCUAUGUUAGACAAAGCUGGAUUAAGGCCAACUGAUAUAGCUCUAGAAAUUGGGCCAGGUACAGGAAAUAUGACUGUCAAAUUACUUGACAGAGUAAAAAAAGUUGUGGCAUGUGAGAUAGAUACAAGAUUAGUAGCUGAACUACAGAAGCGUGUGCAAGGAACUCCAUAUCAAGCAAAAUUACAAAUUCUUGUUGGAGAUGUACUUAAAACAGAAUUGCCCUUUUUUGAUAUCUGCGUUGCCAAUAUCCCUUAUCAAAUCAGCUCACCAUUAGUUUUCAAAUUACUUCUGCAUCGACCUUUUUUUAGAUGUGCAAUACUUAUGUUUCAACAAGAAUUUGCACAGAGAUUAGUAGCCAAACCUGGUGAUAAGUUAUAUUGCAGAUUAUCUAUUAAUACUCAAUUGCUAGCACGUGUUGAUAUGUUAAUGAAGGUUGGGAAAAAUAAUUUUAGGCCUCCACCGAAAGUAGAGUCUAGUGUAGUAAGGAUAGAACCAAGAAACCCACCACCCCCUAUAAACUUUGUUGAAUGGGAUGGUUUGACAAGGAUAGCAUUUGUAAGAAAAAACAAAACAUUAUCAGCUGCAUUUAAGCAUGCUACUACUAUGGCAGUUUUAGACAAGAACUACAGAGUUCAUUGUUCUCUUCACAAUAAAGAUAUACCAGAAGACUUUGACAUAAAGUUAAAAGUUCAAGAAAUAUUAGCAAAUACAGAAGCUGAUCAAAUGAGAGCUAGGACAAUGGAUAUAGAUGAUUUCAUGAAAUUAUUGCAUGCUUUUAAUGCAGAAGGAAUCCAUUUUGCAUAGACUUUGUAUAAAAGUACUUCUUUUAUUGGUUGUACAAAUAUUGCUAGAUAAUAAAGUACUAACAACAAUAAAAAUAAUUUGUUAUUGAAAAACAAUUUCUUUAUUAAAAAUUAUAUCAUAACAUUUCAUUCAAAAUGUUUAAAUUAUUAUUUCUAUUGCAACUAUUCA